ACGUUGCCAGAGUAGCUACUUUGUGUCCGAAGAUCGGUCUCAAGAUUUCAACAUGAAAAUCGAGUGGGCUCCCCUCCGAGUUCCGCUGUCGCGGCGGCUCCAAACCUUGGUCACGGCUUGCUUUACCUACACAAUUAUCUCCAUGCCGCUUCUAUCGUGGAUCAUGACAGGCCUCCUGCUGUACUAUGGAGGUCUCAUUUUACGCAGUUUACUUAUGGUUUAUUUUGUGAUAAUCUAUAAGGAUUACAAGAAAAACUACGGCACUAUUGAUGGCAAUGGCUGGUCUUUUUUUCGCAGUAAUCCUAAAUAUCGUGACUACUUUCCAGUAGAACUUGUAAAGACAGCUGAGUUGCCGGCAAACAAGAAUUAUAUUCUGGCUUGUUUUCCUCACGGAAUUCUUGGAACUGGAAUCUGUGUUAAUAUGUGCAUGGAUAUUGCAAAGUGGCUGGAUUUGUUCCCAAAAGUCCGUCCUAAAGCUGCCACACUGGAUCAUCAUUUCAAGACCCCAAUCCUGCGUGAAAUCGUUCGCUGUUGGGGCAUGGUAUCAGUUUCCAAGGAGUCUCUGGUUUACUUGCUCAGCAAGUCAAAUGAUCCCAAGCAUGAAGAUAAUCAGGAUGGUUUUACCUCCAAUGCGGUGGCCAUUCUGGUGGGUGGGGCCCAAGAGGCCAUGGAUUCGUAUCCUGGACAGUAUAUUUUGACCCUGAAAAACCGCAAGGGAUUUGUUAAGAUGGCCAUUCGAACAGGGUCAUCGAUAGUGCCCACGUUUUCCUUUGGCGAGGUGGAUAUAUACGAUCAGGUGGCCAAUCCUCCAGAGUCCCUGCUACGUCGCUUCCAAAAUGUGUUCAAGAAAUUCACUGGCAUUUCCCCAUUGCUGCCCAAGGGUCGCGGCAUGUUUAAUUACUCCUUUGGUAUACUGCCCCACCGCAGGCGGAUCGUGCAAGUUGUUGGCUCCCCCAUUGACGUGGUGAAGAGCGAUCAACCCGAUGCCGCCUACGUGGACCAAAUACAUGGCGAGGUGAUGAAGGCGCUGGAGAAGAUGUUCGAGGAGUACAGGGACAAGUACAUACCGAACGCCAAGCAGAAAAAGUUGAUUAUUCAGUAACUGGGAAUAAUAUGUUACCUCGGAUAUCAGCUGUACAUUGUGAUUUUCAAUAGAGUUUUAAGGAAUAUCCUAAAAGAGCAAUACAGGACACAGAUGGGAGAUUAUUUUUAACGAAAGCGCAUGUUUUUAGUUGUUUUUCUUUUAUUAAUUACCAAUUAAAUUUGUUACCUUGUAUGUACUUAUAUAUACAAAAAGAACAAGGAGCUUGGAUUCUCGAAUUUUUGGAAAAACUUAACUUAAUUUCGCAUUUUGUGCCACGAUUCUCUCGAAUCUCGAUUCCGAUUUAACAACUAUAAGGAAUUUGUGCUACGCUAGGAAAGAAUCAAUCGCAGAAUUCCUUUCAAAGGUACAAUUUCAUUAAUUUCGCAACAAAUCAUCAUCAUCAUCCUCCAUUUUCAUUCAAUUUUUUAUUAGCUUUCUUUUAGUUUAGUUUUGUUUUGUGAAUUUAUUUUUGUUUGUUUUUAACGCUAAAGCAAUAGCAAUAUUAGAAGGGAAAAUUUGGGAAAUAUUUAGAUUCAAUGAGAGAGAUUACUAGUUACUUGUAGUUGUUGGCUUCAUUAUUCAAUCGAUCGACUUUAGAUUUAUCUACAAAUAUUCAAAUAUUACGAAAAGUAUUCGUCUAAAUAUAUACUUUUAGAAAGGAACACUUGGCAUAACAUGGGGUCUCGACUUUGGGUUUGUUCUCUGCUUUGUAUUAUUAUUAAUCUUUUUUUAUUUUUUCAAUAACAGUUGAGAGAGUAAGCGCCAUAGAUAUAUGUAUUUAUGUAGGUAUAUCUCGAUUGUUGUACUCCUGUAAGGUGGUUCUCAUACAAGCAUAACUUUUGAGUAGACUGUACUUGCAGGCUAGUUUUGAGUAGUAAUUGCUGUGAUUCUUUAGCUACCCCCCAUCGCAAUCUGAUUAAUUUUUACCUAAAUUCUUUUGGUGAGGCAAUACAAAAUAUAUGUAAUUGGCAUAUAAUUGUAUAGGCGAGGACACAUCCUCGGAUGAACGUAUGUAUGUACUUAUAAGAACGUUUCCAAAAACUAUCUUCUCUCUACUUGAUUUCUCAUUUUUAGGUACUAGCCAGGCUGCCGAUUGUGGUUCUCGAGGAAAGCGCAUUAAUGUUAUCUAAAUUUGUUUCGUUUUGGAUUUACUUUUUGGUUUUCUUUUGUUUUUUGGUUUUAAAUCAAUCCCUGAGUGCAUUUUACUUUGCAUGUAAUUGCGUAGUUGCUAAAAAUCAACUGCUGGUGUUUGCUGUGGCUGUUUGGCGGCUUCUGGCUUCUGGUUUGAGUGUGUCUCUGAUUCUGAUUGCUGCUGCCGAUUGCUGCGAGUGCCAUAAUUGAUUCGACUAAUUACCUACAUAUGUAUAUAUGUGUAUCUCACAAUUACAAAUAUAUAUAUAUACAUAUAUAUUGUGUAUAGCAGUGGCGUGCUAUUGGCUUUGAUUCUGGGUUUCUUUUGAGCGCAAACGGUGCAUGGAAGAUAAAGGGGACGUGUGUCUCGAGUUCGAAAUCUCCAGUGCCUCAAACAUACUCUCAUAUCAAAGUUGAACAUUUAACAUACAGUACUCGGUAUUCAUUAUUCAUUACUCAUUAUUCGUUAGGUUCUUUAUUGGUGUUUCGAUUCCUGGGAGGGGCCUUACGGUGAGCUCUAGUAAGUAUCUACAAAAGGUUUCGGCAGGCUCCGUGCUGCACUCAUUUACAUAUCCUUCGCCUGAGCUUCAAAAUAUAUAUGCUAUAUGCUUCAGCUCCGAGCGUUUGGUUUUUGUUUGUUUGGUUUUAAUUUAUUAGUGGUGUAUAUUUAGUAUAUAUAGUUAUGUAUAAAUACAAUUGAAUUAUAGUACGUAUGUGUGUAUAUAUCGGGGGAUCAAACUGCAUACGCUUUAGCUCUAGUAUUAAUACAUUAAUAAUACAAUUUGUAAUUGCAAAGAUAACUAACAAUAUGUAUACUUAAUCAUGUAGUUUUGUUUCCUUUCCGUUUAAUCAAGUACAAUUUAUCAAUUUUGAUAUUUAGAAUAAUCUUGUAUAUAUAUCGGUAUAUGCAGGUUCUCUAAUCAAAUUUCAUUUUGUUCAGCAUUGCCAACGUUAUUUUUUUUUUGGUUUCCUUUUGGUAUCCUUACCCCCAUAC